AUGCUUCGAUUCGUGGCUCGCAGAAAUAUUCACAGCGUUCCCAAGCUAAAAAAUGACAGUUUAGUGGAGAAAGGCAUUCAGAACGUUUUGAGUGCCUCUGGGUUCAAAAUUGCAUGGAAUGACUACCAACAAAGCCUAUGUGAUAAAUUGACACUUGCAACCGCAGGAACGUCGUUGGAGGCAUAUUUGCCGUUUCAUUUAGUACUAAAUACGGCCAAAAAGCCAUUCCAGACUCACAUAUUCAAUCUGGCAUCGGCAGCUCACAACAACCAUCUCUUUGUUGAGAACAUAAUACCAUCGUCUACAAGCACAGCCCCGUCCAGAUUGUUUAGAAACCUCAUCGAGGAACAGUACAAAUGCACCUGGGAAGAAUUCAAGGAAGAAAUGGUCAGGAGAUCGGAAGCGGACGUCUUAGGCCAAGGUUGGCUAUUUCUGGUCGAAAACAGCGACAAGGAAUUGCACAUACUCACUAUUCAAAACAACGGAACACCUUAUUAUUUCCCCCGCAAUCAGUCGUUUGAUCUCAACUCAGCUCUAAAGCUUGAAGAGUUUUCGCAAUUGGAAGCCGUUCGCGCUCUGGUUAAAGAAGGCGGGAAAGUCGAGGACUGGACCAUGCCGUUGAUCGCUGUGAGUUUGUGGGACCAGGCUUAUUUGCACGAUUACGGGGUCAAAGGCAGAGCCCAGUACAUCAGAAACGUGCUAGAUAACUUAAACUGGUCUGUGGUCAACAACAGACUAUACUCGGGGCUUUCAUAG